AUGCAUGACUACCACAAACUUUCUGGAGACAGUGAUGACAGCGAUUACUCAAAUGAGAGCAUUGAACAGCCUCCUUCAUUCAGUGAUGAAGAAUCUGAACUCUUUUAUGUUGUGAUGGAGUAUUGUGCAGGAGGAGAUCUUACAAAGAAAAUAAAAACACAAAAAGAGAAAGGGUUUUUUGAAGAACAACAGAUUCUAGACUGGUUUGUUCAGAUUUGUCUUGCCCUGCAGUAUAUUCAUAAAAACAAUGUGCUUCACAGAGACAUAAGACCAGAGAAUGCUUUUCUGACUGAAGAUGGCUACAUCAAUCUAGGAGAUUUUGGAUGCUCAGAAACGCUGGAAAGAGCGGAUGCAUAUGCAGCAUCAGUUGUUGGUGCAAAGAACUAUUUCAGUCCAGAAGUUUGUCAGGGGAAACAUUAUAAUUCCAAAAGUGACAUUUGGUCAUUGGGAUGGUUACUCCAUGAUCUCUGCAUGCUGGAUGUGUGGUCAAACAACAUAAAGCAAUUAUGUGCAUAUGCUAACAGCCUGGAAGGAAACCUGCCUCAAAUCGCGGAGAGAUACUCAUGGGAGCUUCAGGAAUUAAUCAGACAAAUGCUCAGCAUUGACCCUAAAGAGAGACCAUCAGCGGAUGAGAUUCUAGCAAAACCAUUCCUUGAAGAUGCAGUAAAGAGAAACAAGAGAAUUCCAGAAGCACUUGAACAAAGAUUUACUGAGUCCACCAGUGCCUUUGAUGAGGCCUACAACAAGCAUUAUAACAAAUUUGAGAUCCUAGUUAGUGAGUGGGGAAAAACCUCAGAUUUACUAGAGACAGCACAUUAUAGGGCCACAGCAGCAAGUCUGUCAGGUUCUGUGUUUGGAGCAGCUAGAGGAAUAACUGUAUUAGCUGGUGUAAUAUUAGCACCUUUCACUUUCGGAGCAUCUCUGAUUGUUUCAGCUGUAGGUGCUGGAGUCAGUGCUGCAGGUGGUGUAAUCGGUGCUGGCGCCAACAUUGCAGAUGCAGUAGAACAAAAAAAAUACCAUGAGAUCCUUAAACAAUUGGAAUCUUCCAUUGAAAAUGGAAGAGAACUGAUUCGCUGUUCACUUGAACUGAGAAGGUUAAUAGAAAAAAUGUUUAAGUUCCGUGAUUUUGCCAGUACCUCAACUUUUGAUAAUGUGAGAUUGUCAUGGGAGAUAGGAAAAGGUACAACAGUGUUUGUCACAGGAUUAAUGAGUCUUGGUGUGUUGGGAAAUUUUAUCAGAAUUGCUGUUCAGUCUGCCAAAAUGGGACGAGCAGCAGCAUCAGGUGUGUUGGCUGGACUCUUAGUUAUUGUUGAUGCUGUCUUCAUAGCGAAAGAUUCCAAAGAGAUUCACCAGAUGAGAAAUCAGUGGAAAACAGAUGAUCCAGAAAAGGUCUCAUCCAGUGUACUCAAGGCUACUGCAGAGAUAAGGAAAACACACAAAGAUCUCUUCAAUGUUUUAGAGGAAAUAAAAAAAAACACGUGCAACUUUGGAAGAAAUGAGAGCGAGAGAGAAAAGUGUUCAGGGGUGACCGAGACCAGAUAUAAAUAUACCAUCAGUCAGACUUGCAAAAUACCCUGCAGAUUUGUCUUUGAGUUUAGUUGACAGGUGAUAAAGAAUAAGGUUUUUUCAGAAAACUAUUUCAAUGUGUAAAACGUACUGAGACAAACAAUUGGUGUGUAUGAGGCCUGUAUAUUAUGUAUGUGUGUAUGAUCUCUUCUGUAUUAUAUACUGCUAUUUUUUUUUUUUUUUUUACUAAUAACAUAGUGCUGUUGAUAAUAGCUUCAGGGUUUUGUUCUCGAUUAAUUACUAUUAUAAGAUUAAUUUCUUUGAAUUUUUUUUUUUGUGUGUAUGUUUUUUGGGGUGAAUAUUUGAUCUGACUUAAACCAGAAUCUGAAAAAUUCCAAAGAAUAUUUUCUCAUAAAAAUAUUUUUUGAAGGAUCUAAGGAUUAUUCGUAACCAACUGUGUGUUACUCCAAGACAGCAACCAUACAUUUGUGUUGUGUUUUACUUUUUUAUUUUCAUUUAUACUUCAUGUAUUAUCAUUUAAACAUGUUAUUAUUCCAUUUACUUAUGACCUAUAAUAAUCUUUGGAAACCUUUUAUGUAUAUAAUAAUUUAAUUCCUUAUAUAAUUUACACACUUAUGUGAUGCUAUUAUUUUUCUAUUUUUUUUCCCCUUGUUGUUUAGUCUUAUGAUUGUGUGGUUUUUAAGGGAUAUUUACCUUCGUAAGAGAUCAGACAAUGUCUCCAUUUCAAGGUUUUUAAUGUCACAGGAUAAUGUUGUGAAGCAGUCAUUUUCCAUUGCUAUGGCUUGUGGUAUAAUAAUUUGGUGAUUUUGUGUUCAUCAGAUGAAUUCUAAGCAUUGGAAUGUUUGAAAUUAUUCAAUAAACUCUUCUC